GAAGAGUGUAGGCUACACACACACAGCUUCAGAAGAGGAGACUCUCUCUCGAGUCUCGACUGCGCCUUCCUUUGAAAAUCUGAAACGAAAAGGUAAAGAGCUCUCUUCUCUUCUCGUCGGGGAAGGAAAGAAGAAGAAAUCCACAGAGAGAUAGAGUCGCAGCUUCGCCUCCCACAUUUCCCUCUCCAUUGACUGCGACUGUGAUUACAGCACACCGUUGAUCCUACAAAAAGAGGGAAUGGAUACUGGCGGCAAUUCGCUGGCGUCCGGACCUGAUGGUGUGAAGAGGAAAGUCUGCUAUUUCUAUGACCCUGAGGUCGGCAAUUACUACUAUGGGCAAGGUCACCCCAUGAAGCCUCAUCGUAUCCGCAUGACCCAUGCCCUUCUCGCUCACUACGGUCUCCUCCAGCAUAUGCAGGUUCUUAAGCCCUUCCCUGCCCGCGACCGUGACCUCUGCCGAUUCCAUGCCGACGACUAUGUUUCUUUUCUCCGCAGCAUUACCCCUGAAACCCAGCAAGAUCAGAUUCGUCAACUCAAGCGCUUCAAUGUCGGUGAAGAUUGUCCCGUCUUUGACGGCCUUUAUUCCUUUUGCCAGACCUAUGCUGGGGGCUCUGUUGGUGGCUCUGUCAAGCUUAACCAUGGCCUCUGCGAUAUUGCCAUCAACUGGGCUGGUGGUCUCCAUCAUGCUAAGAAAUGUGAAGCUUCUGGCUUUUGCUAUGUCAAUGAUAUCGUCCUAGCUAUCCUGGAGCUCCUUAAGCAGCACGAGCGUGUUCUAUAUGUCGAUAUUGAUAUUCACCACGGGGAUGGAGUGGAGGAGGCAUUUUAUGCUACUGACAGAGUUAUGACUGUCUCUUUCCAUAAAUUUGGGGACUACUUUCCCGGUACAGGUCAUAUACAGGACACAGGUUAUGGAAACGGAAAGUACUAUUCUCUCAACGUUCCACUGGAUGAUGGAAUUGAUGAUGAGAGCUAUCAUCUGUUAUUCAAGCCCAUCAUGGGGAAAGUGAUGGAAGUAUUCCGACCAGGUGCUGUAGUAUUGCAAUGCGGUGCUGAUUCAUUGUCUGGUGAUAGGUUGGGAUGCUUUAAUCUUUCGAUCAAAGGUCAUGCUGAGUGCGUCAAAUUUAUGAGAUCAUUCAAUGUUCCCCUACUGCUCUUGGGUGGUGGUGGUUACACCAUCCGAAAUGUUGCCCGGUGCUGGUGCUACGAGACUGGAGUUGCACUUGGAGUUGAAGUUGAAGACAAGAUGCCGGAGCAUGAAUAUUAUGAAUACUUUGGUCCAGACUAUACACUUCAUGUUGCUCCAAGUAACAUGGAAAAUAAGAAUUCUCGUCAGAUGCUUGAAGAAAUUCGCAAUGACCUUCUUCACAAUCUGUCUAAGCUUCAGCAUGCCCCAAGUGUACCAUUUCAGGAAAGGCCACCAGAUACAGAGGCUCCCGAGGUUGAUGAAGACCAAGAAGAUGGAGAUAAAAGAUGGGAUCCGGAUUCAGACAUGGAUGUAGAUGAUGACCGUAAACCUAUACCAAGCAGAGUAAAAAGAGAAGCUGUUGAACCGGAUACAAAGGACAAGGAUGGACUGAAAGGAGUCAUGGAGCGUGGCAAAGGUUGUGAGGUGGUGAUAGAUGAGAGUGGAAGCAAGGUUACAGGAGUAAACCCAGUGGAAAUGGAGGAAGCAAGUGUGAAAAUGGAAGAGGAAGGAACAAACAAGGGUGGGGUAGACCAGGUGUUUUCUAAAACAUAAAAGUUGGAGCUUCUCAUUGCUUACUUUUUUCUCUCUCUCAAAUGUUUUUAGUUCGUUUCUUGAGUUGUUGUAAGCACUCCUGUGUUUUGAGGAUUGAGCACGGACGAUAUGUAAUAUAUUAUUCGUUACAUGUCUGAAUGAUGGACAAGACAGAGUAGUUCCUUUUCUGUUAUGUGUUUAUUGAUGUGCCUUAAUCUGA